AUGGCAUUCAUCUCGACGGCGUCCACCAUGGUGAUGAUGCGACUGGAAAGGCAGGGCUACGACGGUGCCGGCGACGACAUCCAUCGUUGGACGGCGACGACGUGCAUAAUUCUCCCUGCUACCGGCUCCCGGACAAAUCUCGGCACUAGAAAUUUCUCAUUUUCGGAUUGCCGGAGGCUUGGUUCAGCCGGGCGUGCUUGGAUUCACUCAGCUGCAGGUAAAAGCUCGACCUCGGGAGCUCAAGAAAUUGCUUCAGUCGCAGACCGCCUACUCUCGGCAUCUGGUGUGCUCACCUCGCCGGAAAUCUGUUGGCCCUUGGUUGGGGUUCGUCGUCACGCCUGGAGGUCGAAGGUCGCAGAUCAUAUGUAUGAGCUCGACGUCGGAGAGUGUGAAUUCCAAACAAACAAUCUUUGA